AUGCCGAGCAUUUCAGACAACGAAAAUAUUACUAAUAGUUGUAAGAUAUUUUGCUUAAUUCUCUUUCUUAGCUUUGUUAUCAAAGGGUCUAGUAAUUGUGACUUGAACAACAUGAACAUUGGGACAAGAAGAAGUGGAAGAAUAAUAGCUGGGAAGCCUGAGUGGAAUGUAGUUGUGACAAAUAACUGUAAUUGCACACAAACCCAAAUAAGGUUGUCAUGCCGAGGAUUUCAGACAACGAAAAGUGUUAGUCCAUCAAUUAUUUCAAUUCAAGGGGACACUUGCCUCCUUAUUAAUGGCAAUCCUUUGAAGGGUUUUGCUAGUGUUAGCUUCUCCUAUGCUUGGGAUCCUCCUACUAUAUUCAUGCCUAUAUCCUCUCAUACUACUUGCUGA